AUGCGUGCCUUCAUCGUCCUGUGCCUUGUGGCUGUUGCCUGCGCCGACAAACUUGGCUACAACUAUCAACCCGUUGGACACUCCAACUCAGGAUUGUCUUUUGCACCUGGUAAUGGCAACCUGGGAGGACUAGGACCUGGUGACGGCUCGCUUGUUGGCCAGGGCACUGACUCCAUAGGAAGACUUGGUGGCGGUGACGGAGUUAACGGUAUUAUUGGUGGCGAUAACUUGCGUGGUCUUUCCAGUGGUUUCCCUGGUGGCCUGACCAGCGAAUCUCGUGAAGCGCCAGUCUCCUACAACGCCCCUGCCCCAGCUGCUGAAUUGGAAAAGGAAUUCUUCACCUUCACCGCCAACGAACAGGACUUCGAUGAGCCACAAUCUUUGGAGAAGGUGUCCAGCGCAUUGAACAAGGCUCUGCGUGUUGUCUUCAUCAAGGGACCCGAGAACCGUGGCUUGGAGAACGCUGCUCUGGCUCUGGCCAAACAGGCUGCCCAGCAGGAGACCGCCAUCUAUGUCCUGAACAAGCAGGCCGAUAUCGGAGAUCUGGCCAACAAACUGAACGCCAUCCGCAGCAACACCAACAACAAGCCCGAGGUGCACUUCGUCAAGUACCGCACUCCCGAGGAUGCUGCCAAUGCUCAGCGUGCCAUCCAAGGACAAUACGAUCAGCUGGGUGGUGCUUCAUCUACCCAGGAUGGAGGUGUUGCAAGCGCUCUCAACUUUGCCUCUCAGGCACAAGCUCCCGUUAGGGAAAAUGUUGGCGAAGCUACGGCUCCUGGUCCCAGCUACUUGCCCGCCAAUAUCUUACGUCGCCUUCGUUUCUAA